AGCCGCAACAUGGAGAACGCCAAAGCUCUGGCCGACAGCGGUGGCAUCGAGAAGCUGGUGGACAUCAGCAAAGGACGAGGGAAAGGGUACUCAAUGAAAGUAGUAAAGGCUGCUGCUCAGGUGUUAAAUACACUGUGGCAAUACAGAGAGCUGAGGAGUCUCUACAAACAGGACGGAUGGAACUACACUCACUUUGUCACCCCAGUGUCCACCCUGGAGAGAGACCGCUACCGUUCCCAGCCCACCCUGCCCACCAGCCCUCUGCAGAUGUCCCCUGUCAUCCAGUCAGGUGGCAGUGCAACAUCCUCGCCGGCCAUGCUCGGGAUAAGAAGACACAGCUCAAACUACCAGAGGGCGCAGUCAUCUAUGCAACUCGACACGUAUUACGGAGACAGUUUACACAAACGGCAGUACACAGGGUCAGAGAAGAAAACUCCUUAUUUCAUUGGGACAUAUUCCUCCCAGUCAGGAGAGGAUAUAAGAAGAUCACAGCUCCCAGAGCCAUUCUACGACGAACCCGACAGGAAGAACUACAACAGCUACAGAAUGUACCUGUCGUCACCUCAAGGCUACGGCGAGGAGCGCUACGAGGACGAAGCGGUCCACCUGCCGUCCUCCCCCGACGGCUAUGCCACCCAGUCGCUCCGAUUCAAAGCCAACACCAACUACGUGGACUUCUACUCCACCACGCGGAGGCCUUCCAACAGGGCGAACAAGUUCACCGGGUCCCCCGACUCCUGGGUGUAGGCACAAACCAAACUCACACGCAGUGUGCGUCCAGCUUUACCGUGCGUUUCCGUGAGUCUUUGUGCGUGGGGAGUGCACUGUACCGUUUGUUUUGCUGAGAAGUUGCGGAUGCAUGUGAAUCUGUGUUGAAAAUGGGCUGAGAGAACAGGAUGGAAUCGCUGCCGGUUUCAUGAAGUCAGAAAGUAAGUAGGAAAAUUCAGUAUGUUAUCAGUUUAAACUGAAGGAGUUUGGUUUAGUUUGAUUGUUUGAGCCAAUCAGACACGCAUGAGGGGAAAAACGUCUCAAAACUUCAAAUGAACGCAUCGUUCCUGACACGUUUUCAGCCAUACUUCUGCGAAAAAGCAUUUUCUUCCCUAAAAAUGUGUUUUGUUUUACAAUUAUAGAUAAGUUGGAUUCAUACCGACUUUCUUUAUGAGAAAAAUCAACAUAUAAAAAAAGGCUUUUUUCAUAUAACAGAUGAGUUAAUUGAGACCUUCUAACAGCUACAUUUAUUUUCUAUCCUCCUGUAAUAGUUAGCUGCACUGCAGUUUUAACCCUCUUUUAAUUUAGAUUGAGUUUGCUGCGCUAGGGAUGCUGCUUACCUUUCCUGAAAUCAGCAAUAAUACACAAUCAAUGCAAACUCAUUUAUGAGCUUCACAAAAAGAAAAGUGUUGCAUAAAAAGUAGGAGGCUCUUCUUGUGCUGUGUGUAUAUUUGGUUCUUUUGGAAUUAAAUACUUGGAAUAAAUUUGAAAUGGUUAAACGGCAUUUAUCAAAUUUGUAAUUGUAUGACAAAUUUUACUCCAAAACAAAAUUUAAAACCUAAAUGCAGCCUUCUAGAUUCCCUAGGUAUCAGAGUUUGUGGGGGAAAUCUCUGAAAAUCUCUUUUUUGUUUCUAUGUUGCAAGAAUUUUAAGAGCCUUAUGUUUGUCUAUUUGUCACAAGGUGCAUUUGGUAAGAUAAAGGACAUGAAAAAAGAACAAAGCAGCCCUGACGUCACUGUUUACUGGAGUGUUUGUUCAUGUUAACGGACUCAUUUUCCUCCGCAGUCAAAAUGUGAAGUGUGUUGGCUUUAUAACAUAGAUAUCGUCUGCCACCGUUUCACGGACACGAGAGAGAACGAGGUUGUUGCAGCCGGGAAUUCUGGGAAAAGCUGAGAUUUAUCCAAACGAGAACAAAAGAGGCCCGGACAAAAAAAAAACAGGUUUGGAGACACCCAUCAUCACUCUGGGAAACCUUUAAAGACUGAAACUCAUCACUUCAUGUUGGCCACAAGUGCAGUAACUAUAUCAUAAAGUAUGUGAAAUAUGUGCAAAAAAAAAGUGAAAAUCUAUUUGUACAGAUACACUUAAAUAACUGUCCUGUUACAUUGUUGUAUUCAAUAUGUAGAAAUUUCUAUGUGAUUGUGAGGAUAAGAUUUUUCUAUUAUUUAUUGUUUACUUUGUAUCGAUUUAAUCGUGAUCUGACCAAAAUACACCAUCUGUCUGUUUUGUCCAGAAACGAUGACAGUAAUGUGUAACGUUAAAGAGGGAAAAUAUAUGUAUAGGGAUUAAAGAAUAUAUCACAACAGUC